AAAAAAAAGUUGUUUCUUUUGAAAAGAAACACUUCUUCGACGGAACAAAAGAACAAAAACCAAAGAAACAAAAGAACAAAAUCGGAACAAAGGCGACGAACUCUUCUCCUUCGUGCGUGCUCGUCGCUCCUCUCGUCGGCUGAAGCUUCGUUCUUCCUUUUCCGGCGUCUCUCCCAUCUCUCCGGCGGCUCCCACUCGGCUGACUCUCCGGCGACUCCUCACUCCGGCGACUCCAGGUACGUUUCCGGUGCUCCUCCUUCUCCGGUAAGCGUUGCUCCCCUUCGGCGCUCCUCCUCCGGUCAGCGUUGCUCCCCUUCGGCGCUCCUUCUCCGGUCAGCGUUGCUCCCCCUUCGGCGCGACAGAUCUGGGACGGCUCGCUCGAGCCUCGAGCGAGCGUUGCUCGCCCAGAUCUGCCGCGCCGAAGGGGAGCAACGCUCGCUCGAGAGCGAGCUCGAGCUGCAGCUCGAUCUGCAGCUGCUCGAGCUCCCCCUUCGCUCGAGCAGCAGCUCCAGUGAUGCGGCGGUGCAGCUCGGAGACGGACCGAGGCGGCGGCGCGGGAUCGAGGGAGGGAAGUGGGAGCGGCGGGAGUGAUGCGGCGGAAGGCGGAAACUUGGGCGCCGAAAAGCCGGCGCGGUCCGGUGUGGAAGAGGAGGAGGUGCUCCUAAGCGGCGACGGCGGCGAUGCCGGCGUCGCGUUGAGGAGCGAAGAGGAAUCGGAGAGUAAAUUGAGGGCGAGGGGUGGGCGACAGGUGAUGAGGCGAUCGAGCAUGGUGGCGAAGCAAGUGAUCAGCAUCGAAUCUGCUCUUGGCUUGGGGUUCGUCUCUCAGCUCUGGGUGGAUACCCUCUCGGUGACUUUGAACGGUAACGAAGGCUUAAAAGUGUUGUCCUUAUAACAACUCCUGGAGUUUACUAGUAUUCGUCUUGGUUCUUGUAGUUUUCUGUUGUCUGUUGUGGGAAGCAAAAGUCGAAGUUAUCUCUAGAAGUGUCGACGCUUUCUGGGUAAGGUUCCGUCCGACCACCCCAUCUGUCUCGAUCGCGCUCGACACUUGGCCGUCCUUCUUCGUUUGGUUCUCUCGUCGUUGCUGCGUGCUGUUUCCGUUUUAGUUUGAUUCCCUGGUCAAUUUGGUCGCCGCGCUGCGGGCUCUUGUUGUGAACUUGAUCGUGCUUGCGCGCGUUGACUUCAGCGGGUCUUGAGUUGGGGUUGGAGUGUUGGAGUGGGGGGUGUGGCGGUUCUGGUUCUGCAUGUCAUCCGGUCAGUCGAACCUCUUUCGACCGUGUGGUCUAGACCGUUCUUGAUCGCCUCGUGAAGUUCUUCGUUGGAAUUCCUUGCUGUAUUGAUGGCCAAAUUAGAAGUGGCGGGACCCGUUUUGCCCCUUUCUUGAACCGUCAAUACUGUUCUAAGCACGACAAGAGUUGGUGUGAGUUCGUUGUGUGUAUUUGUUAACUGAAUCGGGAAUACUUCCUUUAUUCUAAUCUUACUGUCUGCAAAAUUUAAAUGCUUUCCUGCUGGAAAAUGAACCUUUUGGUUUUGGAGCUUUUACAUAAGAUGGCGUCUCAGUUCAGCGCUUUUUUUUGGGUUUUUGUGGAACCGUACAUCGUGUGAGGCCUAACCUGACUAAGUGACUAUAUUGGAGAUUGGGUGCUGAAAGGAGGAUUGUUGAAUGGGUUUCACUGUUGACGUUUGUCUGAACUGCUGUCUGGUUUGUUUCCUUGGGGAGGUAAUUGCUGAUGGCCACAGACUAAGAUAUGCUAGAGAUUCUUCUUUUACUCAAAAUGGGUAUGUCAAUAAAUGUUCUUCAAUGCUUGUGUAUUAAUUCGUUGGGGAUGCCAAGAAGUUUUUUGAAGCCUCUAGUUUCUCUUUUGAUUUUGACUAUGUUUCAUCACAGUAUAGAGUGGACCUUUUAGAUUAACAAAACCUUAGUCUUAUCUGAGAGGGGUGAUGGUUGUCAAACUUGCAAUCUCAAACGAGUGACGUGUGUUAAUAUUGGUAGAAAAGUUGUACUUUUGAAUCAUGCUAACUGCU